ACGAUGACGGAGUGAAAAGAGAAAAAGCUCGCCCUUUCAUUACAGUUUCUGUGAACAAAGUUUACCACUAUGGCUACGUCGUCAGGCAAAAAAGGGAAGAAGACUUCCAAAAAGAACAAGCUUUCGCUUGGAGAGUUUCUCACCGAUGGUAACACAACUCCAGCGCAGGUGAAGGUCGCUGUUCCUCUGAAACUGCGCGACUGGGCUGAUGAAGCCGACGAAGAUGAGGACGAUCGUCCGAUACGCACCCAGAUGAUCGCUUUACCGACGGCACCGCGAGCAACGCGGCUGCUCAACGAUGACACCAUUCCGCACCAUCCACCCUAUCAGGCGUAUAUCUCGAAUCUGCCCUAUGACUUGAACGAAAAUGAUUUGCAUGACUUCUUCGAUGGCAUGGAAAUUUCCUCUCUUCGGUUGCCACGGGACGAUAAUGAUACUGGUCGGUUGAGAGGCUUCGGAUACAUAGAGUUUGGCAGGCGACAAGAUCUCAUCGACGCGCUUUCGAUUCCCGAGCCUUUGAUCCAUGGUCGUCGCAUUCGAAUUGAACUGUCGAGUGAAAAGGACAGCAAUCGACAAAGUCGCAACAAUCGCUACAAUGAUUACGGAGGCGAUUCGGAUCGACCUAUGGGCAACUGGCGGGAUGGUCCCCGCAGUAACUCCGAUCGCGACCAGGGUCAGCGAAGGCCUUACAAUAGUUACAACCGUGACCGCGGCGAUCGCGACAAUUCUGAUAGAGAACGCUAUCCAGACAGUGGUGCUGAUGGGAACUGGCGGUCGGGUGAUCGACCAGUGCAGCCCGCACCGGAUUCUCCACAAUCAGGGCGUCGUGGCUACGACCGUGGUUAUCGUCGAACAGGGGAUCGAUCCGUAGAGCGUGGUGGAAAGCGAGAUAUGGAGCCAUUGAUGGAAAGGCCAAAACUUGUACUGACGCCACGAACCUUGCCUCUACCGGAGAAACCCAAGCCCGAACCAGAAGCAGAUAGUUCUGAUAGAGACGCCAGUCAAGAGCGUAGGUACCACUCGGGUAGUGAGGCCUCAGAUGAUAAGGAAAACCGGAAAGUAGAGGCAGAACCUCGUCCGAAACCAACUCCGGUCCCAGCCGCGAAAGUAUUUGGUGAAGCAAAACCAGUAGAUACUGCAGCCCGUUUGAAGGAAAUCGAGGAACGAAUGCUGGAAAAACAACGCCUAGAAAAGGAGGAACGGCAAAAGAAGGCAGCGGAAGCCGCAGCUGCAGCUGAGGCAGCGGCUGCUACAACCGCCACCACUUCCGGUGACGAAGAUGGUAAUGAGAAAACCGAUCCCAGCAAGGAUGAAAACGAAGAUCAUACGGAGGAAAAGACCGAAAAGCAACCCGCUGAAGUAACCAAUUGGAGGGUGCGCAAUGAUGACAAAGAGGGUGAGCGUCGUGGCGGUCAGUCACCUUCUCGGCGCUACAGUCCGACCGGCAAGUACAACAAAAGAAACGAUGACUAUGACUACUCAGAUAACAGAGAUAAUCGCGACAUGCGAGACGGUCGGGACAGAGGCAUGAACAGGGACAAUCGGAACAUGAGGGACAAUCGGCGCGAUUACAACCGAAUGAACGACCGUGGCGAUCGGCGUGAAUAUCGGAUGGGAGAUCGUGAUCGCGACGGUGAUAUGAACCGCGGCGGUCGGGAUCGGGAUCAGCGUGACUACUACCGUGGCGCUGAUAACCGAGAACGUCGGGAAAAUGUGAGGCCAGCUGCGGAGCGCGAAAAGGAUCGUGAUCCAAAGCCAAUCGAGGAGCGGAUGCCAAAAUUCCAGGAACCAGCAGGACCGAAUCUAUCGGUGAAAAAUACGUACGAGGGACUGUCUGCGGACGAGAUUGACGAUUAAAUUUGAGAGACAAAAGGAUAUCAGCUAAAAAAAUCGUAACCGUACGGAAAUUCAAAGUGACUAAACGUUUAAAACACAAAUCUUAUUUUGGGAGCGACACGGGAGAAAGAGAUCAUAAGCGUACAAGAGGUAACAACGGUAGCAAGGCUAGACAAACAAUUAAAGCUAAUAUAAUCUAACACACCAAGGAGGAGAUCGCAAGACGCAUUGAAUGCGAACGACGACUGGUGGGUUUUGAGUAGACCAUUAUUCUUAGUAGUAGUUGUAUCAACAAUAUGCUGCCCCCUAGAUGCUGGAUGGGCGAUGAAAGUGCAGUGAGGAUUUCUUCCCGUUUAUCGUUUUUUUCGUGUUGUUGCAUUUUCAUCGCCCAGCAGUAAUCUUCAGCAUUAGUUCUUGAGCAGCGUUCGAAUGAGAAAAAAAGUGAGGGCAGUUGCUUACAACCUGUUCGCGGUCGAGAAGGACGCUCUUUCCGACCCGACCGAGAAAAGUCUGUAUAAUAUAUUCUAAUUGAUGUAACAUGUACUAAACGACUACCUUCAGUGCGAAGGAUGAUACAAUACUGAUGAUGUCCGAUUGUGUAUAUGGUGAAUGUAGACUUUUUAUUUAUAACAAAUCAAAAUCAGCGUUUUGAUGCUUUGCGGCGUUACCUGUGAGCAUUCACAUUUUGAUAAGACAUUUUUACAUACCACAGAGGAAUACUCGUUUGCUAAAGAGAAAGAGGGUGAUAAGCAAAUCUAGAAUAAUAAUCCCUUCCGAGUGUUGUAUUACCCUGCACGUUCGCUUUUUCUGACUGUUUUCUGAGUUCUUGACGUUGAUUUCUUUCAAUGUGUGCGUUCCAGUGUGAGCUAUUAUUCCGUAGAGUACGGAGCAUAAACAAACCGCGUGUGGCUAGAGAGUGUCGAUUUGAACAAUUGUGAACAAUCCAAAUGAUUCCAGAAUGUGCUUAUUAUGUUUUUUUUCCGUUUCGGUAUACAAGUUUUUGUUUCGCUCGUUUGUUCGAAAUUGUUGCUUUUGUAAAGAUAUUAUACUAUGUGUUUACUUGUCACCUGAGUUACUCAGUAAAAGUGUUGCGAACCAUCAAAUGAAUAGAAGUAUGCUUAGUUAUUUUAUUAUAUAAUCGAACUGCUAAUAAGGUAGCCUCUCAAUCGUCUACCAAAUUCUUGCAAAUAUACAUCAAAACCAUGUUUCUUUAUACAUAUAUUUUUUUCAUAGAUAAUCAAGAAACAAAUAGUUAAUUUACUGUUUAAGAGAAGAGAUGGGAAAAUAGACUAAACUGUUGUAAUAUCUCCUACGAAGCUAAUCUUCAUUUAUAUAGGAAAAAAAUCUGGAAGGCGCAGAAUGGAAUUAUUUAAACUACUGCAACACAUAUAUAGGACAUAAAAAGCAGAACCAUCAAGACAAAAUACAACAAACUGAAAGCUAACCGUGGACGGAA